UUCAGUCCUUUUUUGGAUCUGGUUGGAACUGUGACUAGUUAAAAGUAACAAAGCUCAGCUUCAAACCGACAAACAUGUUCAUUAAUAUAUCAGUAUUUUCUUAUAGAAAAAUAUUCUUUGUUUAAUCACUCUUGUUCUGUUAUCAGGCCAGGCUUAUUCCUUCAGGUUUUAUACAGUGGAUGAUUACAAAUCUUUUAAAAUUAAUUUAGAGUGCUUGUUAAAGUUCUCUCUGCCAUGUUUUGAAUUAUUUUUUAGAGCCAGAAAUGUCCAAAAGGAAAGCAAGAAAAAGCCUGCUGAUGAAGCAACCUUUUACGUUCAAUCCUCAAAGGACAAACCUGGACUAGUGGAAAGAUUUAUUGAUGAUCAAAAAGGAAGAGGCGUGUUUGCUACCCAGCCCUUUGAACAAGGAGAUUUCAUCUUAGAAUACAGGGGUCAACUUCUGUCAGUAGAAAAAUGCCAAACAAGCAAGUACUCUGAAAAGGAGAGUACUUUUCUCUUUGACUUUGAAUGGCAGAAUCAUUACUGGUGUAUUGAUGCAUCAACAGAGGAUGGCUCUCUUGGAACAUUAGUGAAUGACAACCACAAGUCUCCAAACUGCACCAUGAAAAAAAUAAUAGUAAAUGAUGAGCCCCAUUUGUGCCUUUUUGCCAUCAAAAACAUAGAAAUGGGAACUGAAAUCGAUUACAACUAUGGUGAUUCUAAAUGGCCAUGGCGUGAAAAAGUGACAGGCUCUCAGGCUCCGGUUGAUGGUGGGCAGCUUGAACCAGACAGAAGUUUGCAGGACUCUUACCCUGAUGAUAGCCUCGAACAACAUGCCAGCCCACAGGUGACAGGCUCUCAGGCUCCGGUUGAUGGUGGGCAGCUUGAACCAGACAGAAGUUUGCAGGACUCUUACCCUGAUGAUAGCCUCGAACAACAUGCCAGCCCACAGGUGACAGGCUCUCAGGCUCCGGUUGAUGGUGGGCAGCUUGAACCAGACAGAAGUUUGCAGGACUCUUACCCUGAUGAUAGCCUCGAACAACAUGCCAGCCCACAGGUGACAGGCUCUCAGGCUCCGGUUGAUGGUGGGCAGAUUGAACCAGACAGAAGUUUGCAGGACUCUUACCCUGAUGAUAGCAUCAAACAACAUGCCAGCCUACAGGUGACAGGCUCUCAGGCUCCGGUUGAUGGUGGGCAGCUUGAACCAGACAGAAGUUUGCAGGACUCUUACCCUGAUGAUAGCAUCAAACAACAUGCCAGCCUACAGGUGACAGGCUCUCAGGCUCCGGUUGAUGGUGGGCAGCUUGAACCAGACAGAAGUUUGCAGGACUCUUACCGUGAUGAUAGCAUCAAACAACAUGCCAGCCUACAGGUGACAGGCUCUCAGGCUCCGGUUGAUGGUGGGCAGCUUGAACCAGACAGAGGUUUGCAGGACUCUUACCCUGAUGAUAGCCUCGAACAACAUGCCAGCCCACAGGUGACAGGCUCUCAGGCUCCGGUUGAUGGUGGGCAGCUUGAACCAGACAGAGGUUUGCAGGACUCUUACCCUGAUGAUAGCCUCGAACAACAUGCCAGCCCACAGGUGACAGGCUCUCAGGCUCUUGUUGAUGGUGCGCUGCUUGAACCAGCCAGAACUUUGCAGGACUCUUACCCUGAUGAUAGCAUCAAACAGGAUGCCAGCCUACAGGUAACAUUCAGUUAG